AUGCCUUGGGCCACAGGGAUCUUUGCUCUGGUCGCAUCUAUGUUUGAUAACUGCAAUACACUCUGUGGUAUUGCUUUUGAAGACAGUCCAGAAACUUCAGCUGGUCCAAAGUGGUUUCAUGACGGUCUGACUCGUCAUGCAGCAGAGGCUCUUCUUCUUUCCAAUGGCAGUGACGGGAGUUACCUCUUGCGGAAGAGCAAUGGCAAGACCAAUCUGUUUUCUCUCUCAGUAAGAGCAAAAGAUUCUGUCAAACAUUUUCAUGUGGAGUACAAUGGAUCUUCAUUCAAGUUCGGUUUUAAUGAAUUUUCAAGCUUGAAAGACUUGAUUAAUCAUUUUGCCAAUCAGCCCUUAAUUGGAAGUGAGACAGGCACUCUGAUUGUACUGAAACACCCGUACCCUAAGAAAGUGGAAGAACCUUCUAUUUAUGAAUCUGUGCGUGUUCACACAGCAAUGCAGACAGGAAAAACAGAAAUUGAUCUUGUCCCCAGUGCUCCAUCGCUCGGAACAAAAGAAGGCUAUCUGACCAAACAAGGCAAAAUAGUUAAGAACUGGAAAACUAGGUGGUUUACAUUGCAUAGGAAUGAGCUGAAAUAUUAUAAAGACCAGACGUCCACAGAGCCAAUCAGAGCACUAGACUUAACAGAAUGCACAGCAGUGCAGUUUGACUAUUCACAGGAUAAAGUCAAUUGCUUUUGUUUAGUAUUCCCAGUGAGGACAUAUUAUCUCUACGCAAAGACUGGAGUAGAAGCAGAUGAGUGGAUUAAGAUAUUGCAGUGGAAACUGUCACAGAUAAGAAGACAAGCCCGACAGCGUGAUGGCACACUCAAGCCAUAGGUAUGCCCAUAGGAACUUUGCCUGCACGUGGCCCAUCAUGCUAGUUCAAGCUGAUGCUCCAUCAAGUCUGCCAUCAAGAAGUACUGCCAUGCUGGGUCAGACCAGAGAUCCAUCAACCCCAGGACCAUCCGGAUGCUACUAGGACUCUCAAUGAUGAUGGUAUGAUGGAGCUAGCCAACCCUGAUGUCUUUCUUCAGAAGAAUCCUGCCUCUGAAGACCGAAGGUCCGUUUUUAUCUAUUGGAGCUAAUACUUAACUGAGGAAACUACCCUCCAUGAAUUUGUAUAACUUUUUAAAAAAAAAAAACCCAUCUAAACUAUUGAUCAUUAUCAAAUCUUGACGUGAUGAUGGCCAACACCCUGUUUUCUGCAUUGGACAGCACCGUAAAGUAUUGUGUAUUCCAGUCUUUGCUGCCACACAUCACUUCUUUUCUUUGUGGAUAAUUCCAGUCGUCCAGAAUGAAUGAAAGCCCUUGAGUUGUGAGCAGUUAACUCAAAGGACUUGGAUAUUUCAUAGUAUCAGCCACGGAAUGACCUGUGAAAGCUUCAGUUCUAAAAACCCUGGCGUACUCUACAUGUUCCCAGUAAUUUCCUCCAGUUUCUCAAGCAUAAACUGCAUGCACACGACAAAGAAAGUAGUUUUAACCCGGUCUGCUAUAGCUUCCAAAACAAUGAGUACGAGUGGUCGUGAUAAAGAAGGACCAAGGCUCAGUCCUUUCAGACAGCAGCAGGCCUGUCCUGUAAACCUCACAGGGUACUGCUUUGGAAGAACCAUGAUUAUUACUGACUUUUGUUGGGUGGGGUAGAGGUGGCUGCCAUGGCAAGUGGGGAACUAAAAAGCUUCCAUAUGUAAACAGAGCAUCAUGUGUGGUGCUUUUGACCCAACGGAAUGCUGUCUCAUGAAGUUUGCCGUUUAGGUUUUUAAAACUCCUAAUCUUACCAACAGCAAUAGCAUGUUCUGUUGUUUUAUGCCUGUUCAAAGCAAAUUGGUUUUAUACUUACUUUUGUAUUACAGCCAUUUAGAGGAAAGAUUCCUUUCUAUGGUAGGCUUAUAUUUCUCCCCUGCCCCUCCCCAAAACAAUCCCUGGGUAUACCAUAAAGCAAAUAAAAUGUGGAUGGGUGGGUAAGAAUAGCAAAAACACCUCUAUGAACCUAAAUUUAUGUUUUUUAAACUAUCUUGCCCCACUGUAAUACAGUUGUGUACAACAGUGUGCAUACAACCUAAGAGAGGGACUGGAGGUGGGCGUUUGCAUCACAGUGCAAAUGGAACUAUGUACAUUUCUCAAUUCACAGUCUGCAGUGCAAAUGACACUUGGGACACUUUGUAUCUGACAACAUCACUAGAUCCGGGAAAUGUUCCCAUUGCAUCAAUGGAAUCCAGAACAUAUGCACAGUUUUGGAGCAGAGCACAUGUAUUUGGCAUACUAUGAAAUGUUGUUAUACCGAUAGCACCAAAACUAUCCUACACACAUUUAAAGGCCACGGUUGACACACAUGAAGACAUAUCACCUGCCUUUGGGGAAAGUAUCCUGGAUGGGCCCAACAGCAGCAAAAGCAAUUGUAGGUAUGCAUUAGUGAGAAUGUAUGUGUAUGUGUGCCUUACUAGGUAUAGUUACUGAUCAUGGUAAGAGAACUCUUCUCCAGAAAGAUGAGAUAGUUGGAUACUAUUACUAUAUUGGUUAGAUUUUCAUCUUUUUACACCCUUUUAGAAACAGUCUUGUGUUUAGCCUUGGAAACAUUUCAAAAUAAACUGUGAAUACAGCAAACUAGAGAA